AUGAAGUUAUGGGACAUUCUAGCCACGUGUUUGUUGCUCCUGAGCUCCGUUUCCACACGUCCCGUCUUCCACAAACUGCAUUCAUCCAAAAGAGCCAUCGUCCACAGUGAGAUCCCCGCUCUGGACCCCGUCAUCGACUCCCAACCUGAAACCAACAACCGAAAGCAAGCCUCCAUGGAGGAACAAUAUGCUGUAAACGGCCUUUACCCGGAGCGGUUCGAGAGCGUAAUGGACUUCAUCGAAGCGACUCUGGGCCGACUGCGCAGAUCUCCUCACACACACACCGAACCUCAGCCGAAGCGGGACCGAGGCCGGCAGAGAGGAGCAACAAACACCGAGAGGUCGGGGCGGGGUCGCGGAGACAGAAAGAGGGGUCGCGGGCGGAAGGAAAGCCGAGACGACAGGGUCAAAGGUCAAGGGCGAGGCUGCCUCCUGAAAGAGAUCCACCUGAACGUCACAGACCUGGGCUUGGGUUACGCGACCAAAGAAGAGCUGAUCUUCCGUUACUGCAGCGGCCCGUGUCACGACGCCGAGACCAACUACGACAAGAUCCUGAACAACCUCACACACAACCGCAAGCUGGACAAGGACACGCCGGCGCGGACCUGCUGUCGGCCAAUCGCGUUCGACGACGACAUCUCCUUCCUGGACGACAGCUUGGAAUAUCACACACUUAAAAAGCACUCCGCGAAAAAGUGUGCGUGCGUUUGA